AUGGAUGGGUUGUUGAUCAACACGGAAGACUUAUACACUUUGGUGACCAACGAAAUUCUGGCAGAAUUCGGUAAGGGGCCCAUAACGUGGGAUGUUAAAAUUCAACUUCAGGGGCUUCCUGGCCCCCAGGCUGCUCGCAAAGUGUUGGAUCAUUAUCAAGUUCCUUUGACUCUUGCAGAACUUGAGGAAAAAAGUGUGGUUUUGCAACAUAAGAAAUGGCCUACUUGCUCUUUUUUGCCUGGUGCAUUGGAUUUGAUUAGAUACUUGCACUCGAAUAAUAUCCCGAUCGCCUUGUGUACGUCAUCCGCGAAACACAAGUAUGAAGGGAAGACUGGUCAUUUGAAGCAAGGAUUCGAACUUUUCGAUGUCAUCAUCACUGGUGAUGACCCUCGUAUCCCUCCUGGGAGAGGUAAGCCCUUCCCCGACAUUUGGCAGUUGGGUCUCAAGCAGCUUAAUGCCAAAUUCAAUACGGAAAUCCGUCCAGAAGAGUGCAUAAUUUUUGAAGACGGACUACCUGGCGUGGCUGCUGCCAAGGCCGCUGGGGCAUACGUUGUAUGGGUACCUCAUCCCGAUGCUUUGGAGGUGUUGGGUGAUACCGAAACCGUGCUUAACGGUAAAGGUGAGGUCCUGGCUUCUUUGACUCACCUGGACAAGGCUAAAUUUGGACUAUGA